AGUGGUAUCGAUCCAGUUUCAGUUUAGUAUUCCAAAUUUUAUGUUCAGCUGAUGCCACAGCAAAAAAGUGAGUAAGAAAUACCACAACACACAGAGUCUCAUAAUCCACAAGGUGGCAUAUUUUUUUGGAACAAAAUGGCUUUCCGUCUUUCUUAUUGGUUGUUCCUCAUAAGUUCCGCUGCCGCCGCUGCAACAGGUCCUUAUGUACGCGUGGAAUUUGAAUUAGGCAGCCUCUCCAAUGCCAAUGGACUUCUGCAAAGCGGGAGUAAAUGCUCGAUUUUGGGAAAAUCCUGCAGUCAAAAAUUGACUGGCUACAUUGAUACCAAUCCGUCGGCGCGUGGCUGGCCAGGAAGUAAGCCGGUAGAUAGCUGGCCGCAGAUCAUAUCGGAUAAGGAUAAUAAUAUUGCCAUAAAGAAAGUCAUUUCCGGAGAUUUCUGUUCCGGUGCUUACAAGGAAGGAAUUUUGCGCAUUCAUGUUGUCGAUACGGGCAUGAAAGAUCGACUGAUCGAGGACUUCGAAUGCCGUAGCGGCAUCACUGUGGCAAAUUCCGAAAGCAGAGCAAGUUGGUCACCAGAACAGACGUGCGAGGCGAAAUAUAAUGGCAAAAACAAUCGACUGACGUUCCGGGUACGAGCGUAUGCGGUACCUUUGGAUUCUUGCGGACUGCCUCCCAGUCGACCGAAAGGAUAGCAGCUGCAAAAAUACAUGCUCGGCACAUUUGCCCAAACUAAUUAAAAUAAAAUUAUUUGUAGCACUUCAUGUAAUAAGUAUCUUUGUUACGUUGACUGCCGGUAUAGGCAUUGUUUGUCAUAAUAUGUGACCACUGACCAGAAACCUUCUGAUACGGAAAUAAUUAAAUCUGAAAACCUUUUGAAAAAUUAAUGAUAAUUACAGUUUGCGUAAAACUGCGCGCGCUCAACUGUCUCUGUUAAAGUCUGCUUACACUGAUACAGAUUUAUAGAUCAGUGCACCAGGAAUGUCCAGGAUGCAGUUGACAAAUAAAAAAGUCGCUCACGGCAUUGUAUUCGUAUG